AUGAGCUGGCUACUGACUUUGACGUAAGCAGGGGAAAAUGGGUCGAAAUAAGAACAAAAUGAUAAUAUGACAUCGGUUUGUAUGUCCUACUCAUGGAAUAUAGCGCGAGCCAACGAACGAACGAAAGAGGGAGCCGAAAGGAGAAACAAAAUUCUUCCACGAAGCUAAGAUGCACGUUAGAUUUGAUGCAACUAAAUCGAACUAGUUUGUAGAAAGUUCUUAUAACGCCCACACUCAUCAACCGAUUCCCAAAUAAUACAGACACUACAUGAAAAGGACCGACAAUGAGUGAUGUAGUUAACGUAGUCAUUAAUUUACGAAGAGCUGCAGCCCGUAGGCAUGAACACGCAUCAAAUUGUUUCUUUGUCCAUACCAAUACCUAUUGGAGAAGACCACAAGUAUGUGAAACCACACCACAAACACUACUAAAGCUAACCAGAAAGUACAGAAGCCACACUAUGAGCGCUGAAUAGUAGAUCUACUUGUCUAGGCACAAAGGUGAUGAAGAGAGUAAAAAAAAACCCUAAUCAAAGAUGCCACAACAGUUAAAACAUAUUGCAACCACAAGUAUACAUGCGGUUUUGAGUGUCAAUGGAAGGAUUGAAUGGUUGCCAACGGCGAGGAGUCGUUGGGACUAAAGAGUAAUGAUUUCAUUUACGCAGAGGCUGCUGGUCACUGCAGUUGUGUUUACGCAGAGGCGGAUUGCUGCGGUUGGUUUGCAUUGAGGUGGAUUGCUGGGGUUUUCACAGUGGAGCGAGGUUUUUGAACUUUUGAAGUUGAGAGAAAUAGUGGUGAUGGGUAGGGCUGGAAGUUUGGUACCGGUAUUUGGGAUAUAUCGAAUAUAGUAUCGAAUUUGUUUAUAUUUGGUAUUACCGAAUUCACAUAUUAUUUCAUGGGAUUGAGAUUGCGAUUGAAUUUCAAUUGUUAUUCGGUAUUAGGGAUUACAGGAUUGGCAUCGGUAUAUACUGAAAUGCCGAUCAAUUCCGAAAUAUAAGCUAAUGUGUAUUUUAUCCUCUCAACUAGACUCUCUUAUUCACUACUACGCUACCCUCAACCACCAAGAGUGUCAUUUAAUUAUACAUAGAUCAUUACAUCACUAUUUCACACUAGUAUUAGUCGUCUCUCGACCUCAAAUUCGUCAAAUUAAAGAUUACCCAUUAGAAGAACUUGAGAUGUUAGCUCUAGACAACUCAAGACUCUUUGCUUAGCCUCUUUGCCUUAAAUUAAAGAAUAAAAUCUAAUUUAUAUAUUUAAUCAUUAAUUGCAAAGGUAAUUAAUUUUGUAUUCUAUAAUACCGAUUGGGAUACCGAAGUACCGAUUGGGAUACAUAAAUAUUUAGGGAUUGGGAUUGGGAUACCAAAAUUAUUUAGGGAUUGUGAUUGGGAUUGAUUUUAGAGUGUAAUUCGGUAUUCGGGAUUUCGGUAUUUGGUAUUGGGAUACCGAUACCGUACCGAUUUCCACCCUAGUGAUGGGUGCAAAUUUAAACUGACCAAGUCCACGUGUCAAAUACUCAUUUUAUUCUAAGGUAAACCGCGACCAGGUUGUGCGGUUUCUAUAUUAACCGCCCCUUAGUUGAGCGGUUUAUAAUAAACGGUGGUAUUUUUGGAAAUUCUUGUGAAUGAGUGGUAUUUUUAUAAUUUUUUUAAAGACAAUGAUAGUUUUGGUUUUUUUUUCCCGCAAAGAUCAUAUUGAUCAAUAUGUUCCACCAAGAAUAAUGCACAAGCAAACAUAAACAAUAUGCAGAGAACUUUGAAUGAGAUGAGAACAAAACACAGGAUGUUUUUGUUAAUAGAAUUCAGCCCUAUGGCUUUACGUAUAUGUUCAAAGGUGGCUCAUACUUUGAGAACUUGUUUCCCAGGGGUUUCUUUCUUAUUCCGAUAUCUAACUUCCAGACGAGUUCCUACGAGUGGAACUCAAAUCCUUAACAGAACAGAGCAAAAUAAUAAUAUCUUUUUCACCACAAGCUCUCAGCCGAAGUAAGGAUUUGUCCCAUUUAAAUUGUGCUCGAGUUGCAUUUUGGUUCCAAAAUGAGGGUUAAGGUUGAUAUGUUAAUUCAUACAACUGCAAUAACUCACUCAUCUAAAUGAAUACAUAAUUAAUUUAACACUUUGACAAGUUUUUUAAAACUUUGAUAAGUGCUUCCACCAAAAAGAACUUUUAUAAGUACAUAUAUGAGGUAGAAAUAUUUUUUUUUUAAAUUUGUAAGAGUUAAUACCACUACAAAACCCGAACUAUGACAAAAAUGUCACUUAUAUCUCAAAGUAUUCAGUAUUCCAUUUAUGUCAUUAACUAUCUUUCCGUUAAUGUACUGACUUUGAUCGUCUACAUUUAAUAGAAAACACAGUCAUAGUCUACGUGGCAUCUCACAUGUAGGGAUGACAACAAAACCCGAACCCACGGGUACCCAUCCGACCCAACCCGGUCAACGUGGGUAAAACCCGUGUUGACGGGUUUUGGGCCGGGUUCGGGUUUAAACCCGCUACACUAUUCACCGGGUCGGGUUGGGUUUGGGUUUAGAUAAACCCACCCCAUGGGUACCCGCCCACACACAUAUAGUUACUUUCCCGGCAUAUUUAAUAUUCUAAAUAAUAUAUCUUCCUUAAACAACUAAUAUUCUUUAUGUUUGUGGAGACAUGUAUAAUUUGUUCUUUCUAAUUGUUUAGAAUGAAGUUGAUAUUAUGAAGUGAAGAAAGAAGAAACUUAGUUGACGAGGAAGAAGCAUUCAAUUAAUCUUAUUGUUUAUAGAUGUUUAUCUUUAAUUUUGAACGAUUUGUAUUGAUCAUUUACGGUUUGCUUGUAUGCUCUUGAUUGGUGUUUUUUGUAUGAUUAAUUUGUAUGAGAAAAUUGAUGUUAAAAUUUUAUUUUGAAAGAAACUUGCUAUUGUAAAUUUUUUACUAGAAAAACCCACGGGUACCCAUGAACUCGCGGAUACCCAGUGGGUUGGGUUGGGUUUGAGUUUUUCAAACCCAACGGGUUUUACCCCGGAUUUUUUUGGCGGAUAAACCCAUGGGUUUGGGUUUGACAAAACCCGCCCCAACCCGACCCAUUGCUAUCCCUACUCACAUGGAAUAUUCAAUUUCAAUUUUUAUUUAUUUUCAACUCAUAAAAAAUAAGUAAAAUAAAAAAAUAGAACCCAUUUUUCCUUCCUGAUCCUUUCGCUUCGAUUCCCCCAAAUUCAGCAGCUCGACCUUCUUCCCCGAUUUACAGGCAAUGAAGAAGAGCUUGCUCUUGCAGCAGUUGUCGAUGGCGACGAAGUCAAAUUCACCAGUCUCCUCCUUCCCCCGCUCCAUACCCUUCUUCUCCGAGCUCCCACCUUCAACCUGGUAUCGACCGCCAUUGAAAUUCCCCGACAAUGGAGAACUUGUGCCGAGAAUCUAACCUCACAUUGGGAAAGUUCCGCCAGUUGCAAUUCCCCAUACCCACAAUUCGGGUUAACAUCUUCUCCUUCGACCGGAAUUUGGUCCCCGUAAAACCCCAACCUUUCCCUCUCAUUCGACCACCCUUCCCCGCUCAUAAUGCAUUCCACCCCUCUCCGCCUUCUUCAUAUGGAGGCGUUAUUCUCGCCUCCUUCGGCGACUACCUCUGCCUUUGGGACCUCCAUGAUGACAACUUCGUUCAGCCCAUCUCUGUACUCAAUAACAGCAAAACCAACGAGUUAUGCACUCCACAUACCUCCUUCGAUUGGAACAUGAAGCAUGCCCUGAGUCUUGUAAACUGAUCGAGCAGAACCAAGUCGGAGCUGGGCUAGGGUAAUCUCGCCGUCAUCAAAGGAGGCUGGAGCGAAAUCAGAGCCAUCUUAACGAAUUCGGGGAGCGAUUGAAGAAGUGGAGAGGAGAAGGGUUUAUUUUUUUAAUUAAAAUUAUGAUGUGGCCAUCUACGUGUCCGCCAUGUUUCAGCCACGCCACCAAUGGUCAACGUCGUUUUGGCUACUCUUUGGUCAAUCGUUAUUUAUAAUGGUCAACAAAAUCACCAGGACAUAAAUGACAUAUAAUUAUCAUACGUGAUAGAUUGUCGGAAUAUUGAAUACAUUGGGACAUAAGUGGCAUUUUUAUCAUAGUUCAAGUUUUGUAGUGGAAUUAAUCCAAAUUGUAAAAAAUCGUUUGAAAUUAGUGUAAGUUGUAAAGAGUACAUAGCACAAUAUCCUGACCAUAACAACCCGCAAUCCGAUUCGCUCGCAACCCCCCGACUCGUAGUCCGAUUAACCCGUAACUCAAUUGGCUCGCAACACGACUGUCCAAUAAACAGAUCAAGACAUACUGCGAUUGAGCCACAAUCCGAUUGACCCGAAUCCAACUAACCAACAAUCUAAUAAACCAGAAAUCCAAAUAACCCGCAAUCCACCCCACCCCAACCAAUUGACACCUCUAGCUCCUCCAGCAGGAGCGCAAACAUGUAUGGAUAAUUACCAAGGUCAUCUUUACAUUUCUAUGCAAUUGCGGUACCAGGGAAAGAAACUAGGAGGAAGUACAAAUAUGUUGGGGGUAGUGUGUUGCCUUGCUGCGUCUUUUGUGUAAGACAGAGCUGCGUAUGUUGCGGGUUGGGCUCGUCGGAUACAACAGAACAGAAGAAAGACAAAUGGAACGUUACAGUAGAAUAGAUAGCCGCUGUCAUAAAAGGGCUUGGGCUUGGGCCUGGGCCGAGCCUCAGACCAGUCAAAGCCACUACGUUUGACCCAGACUAAAUUUUCCACGGUCAAACUUCUUCCCUUGCCCUUUUAGUUUCUCAGAAGAAGCUGAGAGAGAGAAUACAAAGCACUGGGAUUAGGGAUGGCAAAUGGGUCGGGUUUUGUCAAACCCAAACCCAAAUUCAUGGGUUUAUUCGCCAAAAAAACCAGGGGUAAAACACGUUGGGUUUGAAAAACUCAAACCCAUCCCAAUCCGCUGGGUAUCCACGGGUUCAUGGGUACCCGUGGGUUUUUGUGGUAAAAAUUUAUAAUAACAAGUUUCUUUCAAAAUAAAAGUUUAACAUCAAU